GAUCAUCUAGGCGUGUGGUGUAUUUAAUUUAUUUAUAUAAACGUGUGUAUGGAUAUUUAGGCAAUUUUUUCCUCUCCAGUCCAGUUAUAAAACGACGUUCUUGGAUCUAAGCAAGAGAUUUAAACCGCGCACGAGAUAAAGAAAUGGCUGAACUUUCGGUGAGAAAAAGGCACCGAGACCAACCUAGAAAUGGGGUUUGUCGAAGACGGUUAACGCACCGAAUGAACGACACACCCAAUUACCCCACCAACCCCCUACCCCCUUCUACCUCGAACCAAACCCCCGACAAUACCUCCCCUCUUACCCCCACCGCAAAUUCCUACGUCACACCUUCUUACGUCACGAACACGUCAUCAAACGUCACCGAAGCCACUCCAGCGUGCCUAGAACCCUUAGAUCUAUGCAAGGAUGGACAACAACAGCCCUCAAGCCCUCUACUUCCGUUGCUACGCGACAAACUCGACGUCUCUAGCACCGCAAGCGACGACGAGAUGAACGUCGACAGCCCUGACUCCGGGUUCGAGUCAGCGACACCUAGCGGAAUCUCAAACUCCGACUUUUUUGAUGAAUCUUCGAAAAGCGAUGAUUUCUCACGAGCUCCUAAAACUCCUGUUUCCCGCACCUCCUCCCUCGACUGUGACAUCAUAGAAGACACCCGCCUUUGUUUGACCCCUCCACCCAAACCUGAAGUGAAACCAAAACCACAAGCAGAGCGUAUCGUCCACCGUUGUGCAUGGGAUGCCUGCUCAUCCGUGUUCAUUACGUCACGUGACCUUCACGACCACAUUUGUAGUGUACACGUCGAUACAACAACGAAAAGGUUUUGCUGCUUAUGGUCAGGUUGCAAGGUGUACAACACACCCGCACGUAGCGUGGAAUGGCUGAAGCAACACGUUGGUCGGCAUACUGGUACCAAGAGGUUUCGUUGCCUGCUCGACGGAUGUGACGCAAGCUUCAACUCACAAAACGGUUUGGCUCGUCACGUGCCGUCACACUUCAGUGACGUCAACCUGCCAAAAGCGAGAGUUCCCGGAUACGAGAGAAAAGUUCUGGUUAAACGAAGGAAAAUUAAAGACAAGAAAAAGGCACUCGCUAAUAUCCACGACUAUUUGGACCAAUACACCUCUGAGGUAAUGGUCUCGCAACUCGUCACCAUGCUACGUCAUCCGGUGACGUCACUACCCACGCACACAAACGAUUCAGUGACGUCACAAGACAAUAAAGAAGCACAGGUGAUCUGCAAGCGUACCAGCGGCAACGAGGUGUGGCAUCUUACCACCAACCAAACAUGGGUACGCACGGGCAUGGUCAAACAACCAACUCUGUACUUUGCAACCCCAAGCCCUCAUAGACGAAAAUAUAAGGCAGUGGUCGCUGAUGUACGUAGCAAUAAUUAAGUGUUUGAGAUUGAAGUUAGAUGAAACUGGUAAACCAAUCCUGUGCUUGGAGUUAAAGUCGCAAUGUUUCAAUUGUGUCAAAGUCGAUAAUUGAACCGACCGUAAAUCCUCCACUUUGGCUCUUUUUACCCUCUAGCGUCCACCAUUACUGUGAAGUCGGCCUUAAUACAUUCCGCUAGAUGUUGAUAGUGAGCACGAACAGCAUAAACUUAUUUGUACGUCCAAAAUUUCCUUUAAUAGCCUUCUGUUUUACCAAUAUACGUACAUGGCAAAACACAUAAUUUUUCCCCCCAAAAUACUAAGAUCCUGGCUAUUUCUUUUCCUGUUGUUUGUAUAUUACUUUUCCUUCUUCGUUUGUUGUUGUUUGUUCUUACUUGUUUUUCCCUUCUCCCCAAGCAUAUCGAACGGAUAUGAAACGCUCUUCGGGGCGGUGACGAACGCGUGCUGCUUUCAUUCUGUUGUAGGCCUACAUGGCGCAAAUACAAAGACAAAUUUUUA